UCCCUUCCUCUCUUCUUCUUCUCUGUAUAUUCUCUUGUCCAUCAGUCCGUCAGUCCAAUUGUCGUGACUGCCCCUUCUCCUUAUCUUCCCUCUCUCCCAUCCUCUUUCUCUCGUGUAUACAAGCUCUCUUCACUCCCUGAGCAAUCUCAUCUACCCUGCAAGCUUCAUUUGUUCCAGUUUCCCCUGGCCAAUUGAAAAAUGUCAAUUAAGACCGUCUCCUUCCAGUCCUUCACAGACCAGAAGCCUGGCACUUCAGGUCUUCGUAAGAAGGUCUCCAUCUUCCAGCAGCCCAACUACUCCGAAUCCUUCAUCACUAGUGUGCUUCUCUCCAUCCCGGAAGGUGCUGAGGGUGCUUUCCUCGUCAUCGGUGGUGAUGGUCGCUAUUUCAACCCGGAGGUUGUCCAGAAGAUCGCCAAGAUCAGCGCUGCCUACGGUGUCAAGAAGUUGCUCGUUGGCCAGAAUGGCAUCCUGAGUACUCCUGCUGCUAGCAAUCUUAUCCGUCAGAGAAAGGCAACCGGUGGUAUUCUCUUGACUGCCAGUCACAAUCCCGGUGGGCCCAAUGCCGAUUUUGGAAUCAAGUAUAACCUUUCCAAUGGCGCUCCGGCUCCUGAAACGGUUACCAACAAGAUCUUCGAGACCUCCAAGUCCUUGACUUCGUACAAGUACGCUGAGAUCCCCGAUGUCGACACCUCGGUCGUUGGCACCAAGUCCUAUGGCCCUCUCGAGGUCGAAGUCGUCCACUCGACCGCCGACUAUGUCACUCUGCUGAAGGAGAUCUUUGAUUUUGACCUGAUCAAGGAAUUCUUGAGCUCCCACAAGGACUUCAAGAUCCUUUUUGAUGGAAUGCACGGUGUCACGGGCCCCUAUGGUGUAGACAUCUUUGUCAAGGAGCUGGGUUUGCCUGCCAGUAGCACCAUGAACUGUGUGCCCAAGCCUGACUUCAAUGGCGGCCACCCAGACCCCAACUUGGUUUACGCCCAUGAGCUCGUUGAAACCGUUGACAAGAAUGGUAUUCACUUUGGCGCUGCCAGCGAUGGCGAUGGUGACCGCAACAUGAUCUAUGGUGCCAAGAGCUUUGUCUCUCCAGGUGACAGCUUGGCUAUUAUUGCACACCACGCAGACCUCAUUCCGUGGUUCAAGAAGCAGGGUGUAUACGGCUUGGCACGGUCCAUGCCCACCUCUGGUGCUGUAGACCGGGUUGCCAAGGCGAAGGGCCUGCAGAGCUAUGAAGUCCCCACUGGUUGGAAAUUCUUCUGCAACCUAUUCGAUAACAAGAAGAUCUCCAUCUGCGGUGAAGAGAGCUUCGGAACUGGAAGCAAUCACAUCCGUGAGAAGGAUGGUGUCUGGGCCAUCGUUGCCUGGUUGAACAUCAUUGCAGGUGUUGCCAAGCAGAAGCCUAAUGAAACACCUAGCAUCGGCUCUAUCCAGAGUGAAUUCUGGAAGACUUAUGGCCGCACUUUCUUCACCCGUUAUGAUUUUGAGGGCUGUGAGAGCGAGGGAGCAAACAAGCUCAUUGCUCACCUUUCCGAGUUGAUCUCAAGCCCUACCUUUGUUGGCUCGAGCGUCUCCGGCUACGAGGUCGCCGAUGCGGGCAACUUCUCUUACACCGACCUUGACGGCAGCGUCACUAAGAACCAGGGACUCUACAUCAAGUUCGCUGACGGCAGCCGCAUUGUCACUCGUCUGUCUGGCACGGGAAGCAGUGGAGCUACCAUCCGUCUCUACAUUGAGAAGUAUGAGAGUGAUCCGUCCAAGUUUGGUCUGAGUGCUCAGGAUUACCUGAAGGAUAAUGUGGCUCUGGCAUUGUCACUUCUCAAGUUUAAGGAGUUCGUUGGAAGGGAGGAACCUGAUGUGAAGACUUAAAGAGGAUUUUCCUUGCUUCCUGCCCGUUGGACAUAGGGUAACUUUAAUGUUGUUGGCUUUGGCAUCGUUUCCAUAAGAUUAGCCAACAGUUAAUUGUUAUGACAGUUACGUGAGCAAGCAUAGGAGGGAAAGGGGCAUAAUUAUAUGAAUACAUGGCUACACAGUAAAUCAUGUUGUAGGUAGCCAGCAUCGUUAGUUAGUGUACACCGGCGAAACGGGUUCA